AUGGCGGGUGAGGAGGAGGAGCCGAGGGUGACGCUGUACACGGCGGGGACGCCCAACGGCUGGAAGGCUGCCGUGCUCCUGGAGGAGCUGGGGCUGCCCUACAAGGUGCGGCCGAUCAGCAUUUCGAAGGGCGAGCAGAAGGAGGACUGGUACCUGAAGAUCAACCCCAACGGGCGGAUACCGGCGAUCGUGGACCAUGGCAACGGCGACUAUGCUGUGUUUGAGAGUGGAGCGCUGAUGAUGUACUUGUGCGACCACUACGGUGACGGGUCCCUGUUCCCCAAGGUGGAGGACGACAAGGCAAGAUAUGAGGUCAUCGCGUGGCUCAUGUUCCAGAUGAGUGGGUUGGGUCCUAUGCAGGGCCAAGCCAACCACUUUGUGCGGUACGCUCCUGUACAGAUCGAGUAUGGCAAGGAGCGGUACGUUAAUGAGACAAAGCGACUGUACAGUGUACUGGACAAACAGCUGGAGGGUAAAGAGUGGAUCGCUGCGGGUCGGUAUACGAUUGCAGACAUUGCUUGCUUCACAUGGGUCUUCAUACAUUUCUGGUCGGAUGUGGACAUCGAGGAGUUUCCAAACUUGAAGGCAUGGAAGGAGAGGAUAGAAAAGCGUCCAGCAGUGCUGAGAGGGCUGGAUGUCCCAGAGCCCACAAAGUUCAAGGAAGCCAUCACCGACAAGGCCGUCAGGGAACAGAUGAUCAACGAGAUCCGUGCCAUCAUCACGCCGACGAGUGCACCCAAAUGA